AUGACUUCACAACUGCAGCAAUCAGCGAGCGUAGCGCCUCGAAAUGAACCUUGCGAAGAAAAUCCCUAUGGCAUCUUCGUCGAGGAGGAUCUUAUCGACGACUCGACUGGACUCAUACCAACUAAAGGACUAGGUAUACUGUUAAGCCUUAAAGACCGCUUUUUGAGGCGCCUAUUAAAGAUGCUAGGCACCGCAGCGAACAUACGAGAGGCACCCAACGGCAACGCUAUGGACAUUUUCUUGACGAGAGGCAUACAAUCGCCCCGGCCAAGCGUUGCGCUCGAUGAAGGACUACGGAAAUUUGUGCGCGAGCUUGAAGAUGGGCUGGCCGCUGUUGCGAUGCAUCCUUCUGGUAUGCUAUACCUGAGGCCGCCACUUGAUCGCGCAUGCUCAGAACUAUGGGAUAUCAUUCUUAUCGCCAACUACGAUAAAAUCGAACAGGUCAUACGAAGUAUACAAAAGAGCUUUGGAGAAAACCAGGUUACAUUCGACGAACUCGUCACGAGGAUGUUCGGCAUCGACGACAUGGACGUCAAAGGCUCAUUGCUGGACCGAGAGCUCGGUGACAAAAUUAUCAGGCUAUCUCAUGAUGUCCAAGCGUUCGACGGCUCGAUGAAGGAGUUGAAUCAGCUCGUUCAAUUUGCAUCAACGAUGACGAGGGUACUUCUCAACUUGCGAGACCGGAUGAGGUUUAUCCUCGAGAAGACUCACUUCGCCAAUAAGUUGUUCGAUCUCAUAUGCACCCUGGGGUUUCCCGAACGCGUGUAUAGCACCCUAGUCCGGGCUGCUAGGUCUUCGCAGACGUUUAGGAAUGUCACGUUCCACCUGAGGCCCAGCUCACCGGCAAAGAACGUAUCUUUCGCGACUCCGAUGGCGAGCGCGACGCCACCGAACACAGUCAAGCCGUCCUCACCACCUCGGAAGGAGAAGUCGAAGCGGAUGCACCGGUACGAAGCGACAUGCAUCGAAACGGCAAUUGCAGCUCCUAUCCUACCAUCUCUUCCCCUUCCUCUUCCCUCUCCUUCUCCUCAGCCAGCUCUCGCCAGCCUCGGUCCGCUGAUGACCGCGGUGCAACCUUACCUGAACCAACAAGAUCGGGGUCUCUCUCUCCAUUCCCUGCAGCCCGCAAUCAAGCAACAAACGGCGCAACUGGUUGGCACUAUACUGAGAGAGAGGCUACUUCCAACAGACACAACCGCAUGGUACGCAUUUGGCUUCGUGACCGCUAAGGACGAGGAGCAAGAGAGGCAGCUAGCAGGGCUUUACGUCGCACUACUCAAGGAAGCCAAAGGUCCCGAAGCCGCAUUCCGUGAACUGCAGAGUGCUCUAGAAACGAACUUCAUCGUGCGGCUUUUCGAUAAGUACGAAUACAGCCAUUUCCGCGACCUAUUCCCCUACCUCAAGACCUUCCUCUCCACGCCACCCACCAAACGCUCCACCGUCUGGCGUCUCCGGCAGUUCAUUCAGGAUCCGAUUGACGACGAACCGCCUGCAUGUCUACAACGGGACUACGGCUUCAAAUUUUGCCGCCCCCGCGAAGAAGUCCUCCGCGUCAAGGAAAUCUACACCAAAAUGCUGCGCAAGAUGGGCCCGCAAAAGCUGGAUAUCGCAUGCAUCAACGGUCGAUUGUCCGAGUCGGCGAUGAAAGAGGGGGUGUAUGUCGAUCACAAGGACAGGCGGUUCCUGAAAAAUGACUAUGGUUCCCCGUUCCUGGGACUGGACUGUGAGGGUGGGCUUCAGAACUACCGCGGCCCGUUCUACAGGAAGCCGUUGAAGCUUUAG